CACACAGUCCUUUGCCUGCCUCAGUGGUCAGUGCACACCGUGCGUUUAAAAAGUAAACUCGUGUCUAUACUUUCCGUAUUCUUCCCGCGUAAACUUUACGUAAAGUGAUUUGGAUUUUGUUUUUAUUCUGUGAUUAUAACUGGACAGGUAGUGUUUUGUUGUGCGUUAAAAUUCUGCAGUUUAUGAGCUGUGGAAAGAAUUUUUUUGUAGUACAAAAUUGCUUGAAUUUGGAAGACAAUUUUGAGUUUUGAUAAGUGGAAAUUAAGUUUUAACGUGUGAGCUCUUGUGAUGGAUUUUGGUCUUAUUGUAUUGUGAUCAAGAUAAUUCUCUGACAGCGGAUGGAAAAUAUUGCUUAAAUAGAUCAGCAAUGGAACUGAAGACGCCUAAAGCGAAGAAAAAAUCACCCAUUGACAGAGUUAUGUCGUGGAAGAAAUUGUUUCGCGCGCCAAUCCUUAUUCUCCUUCUACUCGGCUCGACAACCUGUGACAAUGACAGUGACAGCGAUGACUUUGACAUUGACACAAACGUUACGCAUAUACGUCAUCAUGCGUUUAGGAACGCGAGUGGCAUGGACCAUAGAGACCGGAAGUUGUUAAGUGACAUUAAGUAUUUGAGACGUCAUCUGAACAGAGAGAUUGUUAAUUUCGUGGUGCGCGAUGUGCUUGUUGAUGGUGAAAUCGAAAAUAGAAUACAUUUUAAUGGUGUUACGGCGAAAGAGACAUCUGUUGGCGAAAACGGCAACGGCUUAAAACUUCGCCAACUGACAGAUGGGCGCCAUCUUAUCCAGCUAAUAUACACACCAAAUGGCGUCAUACAAGACUGCGAGUACAUAACCGAAGUGAAAUCAACUAGAAACUUCCUGAAAACAAUGCGUAAAGAAUUAAAACUCGCGCUAGACGAAACAACGUUCCGAAUAACAGAACACACAAGAACCACAGACAACGAAAAGUUUUACCGCCAUUUUGGUAAUGUGACAGUUACCUUAUUGACAGAUGGCGAGCUGCCGCCUGACGAAGCGUGGCUCAAUUAUGACAGAUUAAAAAUGGAAUGCUUCGAACGUCAUGAGCAACUCAAAUACAUGAUGGAGAAUAAAAAUAAAAUUAGCACAACCACAUUGGCCAGGUCGCGGCGUUCGUUCAGGGAGAGUUUCAUAAUGCCUGGGACGAAAUGGUGUGGCGCUGGACAAUUGGCCUUGAGCUACAACGAGUUGGGGUCAGAUAUUAAUGAAGACAGAUGCUGUAGGGCCCAUGACAACUGCCGAAUGAACAUCGGGGGCUUUAAGAGGAAAUUUGGCUAUUUCAAUUAUAUGCCGUAUACGAUUUCGCACUGCAAAUGCGAUAGGAGAUUCCGGGCCUGUCUUAAACUGGCAGACACGUCCGUCUCAAACAUGGUCGGCAAGCUGUUCUUCAACGUUGUGCAAACGAAGUGUUUUAUCCUGAAACCGGUGAAGAUGUGUACCCAACGCUCCUGGUGGGGGAAAUGCCUCAGGAGGGGGUACAUGAGGCAGGCAUUCCUGAGGGAUAAUUUACCGUAUUAGUGUAUAAGCAAGGUUGUAAUUUAGAUUUAAGCCACGGAAAUAAGAAGAAUAAUCAAAAGUGUCCGUUAAAAGUCGUUAAAUAAGUGUGGCGCUACAGUCGCACUUCAAAUUUACAUUAUGCAGUAUUUACAGUCAAAGUUUCCUUUAAUCGCGUUUUUACUAUUCGCGGAUUAAAAAAAAUGCUACCGAAUUCCUAUAUUUGAAAGACCGGAAAGGAACUAAUCGGUACAUCGGUACAUAGAUAUUAAUAAAAAGGAUACCAAUAGAUAUCCAACCUAAUAUCCUCUGUAAACGCUUAAUAGACGAAUAUAAAGCAAAAUAGACCUUAUUAUAAAACUAUCUAGACAAGUAAUGACAGUGACAUAUCGAGCUUUGCCGCGCAAAUUUUUUUAGACGACAUUAUGGAGGGUAGAGGUAAAGACAAUCAAAUGUGUAUAUGAAAAAGUGUCCGCCAAAAUCAUAGACCAUAUACUUGUUGUAAGUAGACAUCGGUUUGGCGUGGUCAACAUGAGACAGAUAAUAUCCUAUAUAUAUAUAUAGGAUAUAAUAUAACACAAGUGUUCUUUCACUAUCACUUUUACAUCAUAAAACACAAAAUCACCAUAUUUCCUUCGAUUCUACUAAAAAUUGUCACUGAUGUUGAACAAAUAGUUGAUAUUCCACACGUCUUACAAGUUUUCUGUGCAGUUACUAUACUUGGUCUAUGGUCAAAAUGCAAUGCCGCAGUCGCUCGUCGUACCGCUUUGCUUCGGCGUACAUUUGAACGAAGCGAGGUAAACUAAGUCUGUGUACAAAAACUGAUGCUUAUAGAUCAUGAACAUUCUAAAAAGAUCAAAGGAUAUCAGUGAUACAAUUAAAACAUAUUGGGAUUUGAUCAAUCGGCUCAAUUUUUAAAUAUAUAUAAAUAGCGCGUGCGAAUUUAUAAUAAUUUGUAAAUCAUGUUUGUAUUUAAUUAUAAUAAUUGAAUCAAGUUGAAAUGCAAAAUUCUGACUCGACAAUAACCUAGAAAAUUCCGAAAGCUUUCUAUGAGUUCAAUUUUUUUUUAAAUCUGUCCAGAAAUGGCCGAGAUACAUAUUAACACAGAAAUGUACUACUAAACUAAUCACUCUAGGUACACGUUUUCCUAUAAUAAUUCUUUAAUGUUAUAUUUACUACAUUAUUUUGUACAACGUAAGUUGUUGAAAUUUUCACUAUUUCACUACUAUAGUCGACAAUAAUAUUUUUUUUUUAACUCAGCAUACUUCAUUUCGUUUAAAGUUGCUACAUUCACCGUACUUCAUACCAUACCCUGUGUCUACACUAGCGCCAUUGUGGAAGCUUUUUGAACUGUUAUUUACAACAUACAGUUGGACAUUUUCAACUUUUCUCCAUUAUGAGAUGAUUCUUCAUGCCUCUACCGUCCAUAGACGACAUAUUGAUGCUUGUAGAGUUUAGUAUAAAAAUCGAAGAUAAAAAAUAUUAUGACUAUUCUAAUUUUAUGUAUAAAAGUUGAUUGGAAAGCUUUACCACGCUAAGUAUUUAUUUAUAAAAAUCGGCAUUAUGAAUUUUGUGUAGGCCAAUAUUGUUAUGAUUACAUUGAGUACAACAGUUUUUGUAACUAAGGUCUAAUCUUAAUCACGGACGAGUAAAAAGAGAAGGACUCUGCGCCGUGAUAUUAACAAGUGAAGCACCUUUAUUCUAGUGUGUGUACGGUUACGGGGGAUACCAGUUACAUAAUUUUUUCUCACUUAAAUAAUCACGUAUGACAAAUAAUUUUAUAGUAUUGUUUUUACACUUUUUCACAACGCAAGAUGGCAUUUUAAAAUAUUUUAUUGCGACGCAAACUGAUCUGUCACAGACGAUGGUAAAUCUCAUAAUGGCGGCCGAUCGGCUUGUAUUAGUGUAAGUGUGUGCGUGGGGCUAUGUUAUUACACGUUUACCGGCUUGUUUUGGUGCUUCACUGUUAUGUAAGGUGACACGGAGUCCUUGUUUUUUUACUCGUCCGUGAUUUAAAUGAGCCUUUUGUGUUUUGCCAGUAUAUCGCUAAUGUUUAAAAUUAAGUACCUUUCACCACAGUAUAGAGUUUAUGACGAAAUGGAAACGGCAUUGCUCAGUAAAACCUCGACCUUCUUUGCAGUGUUACCUCAUAGUAAGAAAGUUAUGUACGUUAUAGUUCUGCCAAAGUACGUUAAAUAGGUAACCUGAUGGCAAAAUAUAAAAUAGUAUUAAGUGUUCAUGUUUUACUUUUGCUUUUUGUGCAUUUUUUUUAUUAAAAUACAAACGCAUGCACAUUAGUUGGGGAACGAACUUUUAGUGUAAACAAAGAAUGAAAUCGUAUUAUAAACGGAUAUUAUAACAUUAACAAUCAAAUUCAUAAUGUAAUGAGCAGAAUUGUUCACUUGCAUGAAGCCGUUUUAUUUUCAUAUAUAUAGCGUUUCCUUUCAGUUUAAUAUUUCAUUUCACAUAAAACUUUAUAUGUACUUAAAUUUUGAGUUUAACAGUAGGUGAACUACUUAAAAAUAUUGUAAAUAUAGAUCAAUAAAAAAUCAACUAAAUUCUAGCUAAAUUCAUUCUUGUUCAACCAUAAUGUUUUGAUUAAAAUUUAAUGGGUCAUUCAACUUGCCAAGCGACAAAUAACUCCCUAUAUUUGUGCAAUACUAGGAAAUCGUAACAUUUAAAUAUACCUCUAUAUAACGAUCUAUUUAUAGCUGUAUCUAACCUAAGUUUCAUAAGUAUCAGUCUAUUCGAAUUAAAAUCGGCAUUGUAGAACAUAAACCGCAAAUAACGGAGCGGCGACUAAAGAAAUUUGUAAUCGAGGUCAUUGCCCCAAUAUAUUUUUUUCUUUAUAGCUCUGACAAUGCAAAAUAAUAUGUAAACGUUGAUGUUCCUAAAUUAUUUUAUUAAAGUCUAAUUUUAAGUCAAUUACAUUCUGUUUCAAUUCAUAUAAGGGUUGUCGCUCAUUAAACGAAAUUGUCUUCCAAUUUUUUUUAAAUAUUUAUGGUAUAAAUUAUUGUUUUAGGUUUAAUUUUGUUUAGAAAUAGAAUAAGUAAAUUUGUCCUACAGCGUUAAGGAAGUUUUAGUUCCACACAAUUACUUGAAAUAAUAUGAAUUGUAAAGUAUAUUAUAAUAAGUAAUAACCAUAAACAUAAACUCCGUUAUUCAUAAUGGUCCGCUAACUUUAAACAGCCGCUUAGGAGUGUUUUUUCUCAUUCUGACUUAGGUCAAUAGAAGAAGACAGAGUGAGAAUUAGCAAUGCUUUAAGUUAACAGACUAUUAUGAAUAAGGGGGUAAAUAUACGUAGCAUACAUAACAUAUAUAGCAAUAUUAACGUAAACGCGAUUCUAUUACUAAUGUAACCGAUUUUGAUUACAAAAAAUUUGCUCCUUCGUAUUUUGAAUAGUAAACUCGCACACGCACACAUUGACACCUCAAAUUUGAUUGAGUUUUUUUCACUAUGUGAAUGUUACUUUAUUUUACUUUAACUUUUAUAACCUUAAAAUAUAAAUAUGUUUUUUUUUGUUGGUUGGUAGUUUAAUGGUUGAUUAAGCUCUAAAAUUGUAAGAUAAGAAUGUAUAAAUUUUAAUAAUUAUUAUUUUAUUUGCACUGCCGAAAGCUUUUGCUUAUUUACUUUAUUUAUCGAAACUGAAAAAAAAUCAUUAACACUUCCAUUUUGGUUGAAUGAGCGUCGACCUUUGUCACCACUGCCUUCUAAAAUAUACUUUUUAUGGAUGGAUGUGUGGUAACCGUACACUACAGGUUGUUCUAAAUUUGUAAAUAUUGUAAUUAUAAUUUAAAGUACAUACGGAAUCUGUAUUAUUUAUUAUCUUAUAGAUUAGACUAUUGUUAAGGUAAAUAAUUUUUCUUAAUAGGAGAUAGAAAAACUUCUCGAGUGUAUAAAAAUUAUCCUUUUCUGAGAGUAUGUUAUUAACAAUUUGUUAUUUUUAAAGUGAUAUGUAGGUAGUUCAAAUAGUUCCGACUAGCUAGAAGUGCAAAACUUUUAGUGUGCCCCAUAUAACCCUCACUUCUAGGAUUAAUUACACAAAUUUAAAUUGUAAACAAAAUUAAUUAUGAACCAUGCGAGACCCGAUCAUGUCUUGUUCAACUCUCAGGUUGUGGCUUCAUCUACAGGAUCUACUUUACAGUUGGCUCAGUGGAAGAGCGUUCGCACGGAACGCAAGAGGUCGCGGUUUCGAGUCCCAUAUCGUUAAUAAAUUUUGUUUUUAAAUUUGUGUAGUAUGUAAUCUCGUGGAUAUAAUAUUUCUAAGUACUUCUAAGAUAACAAUAAUAUAAUCUAACCUUUGAUGCAUACAUAUCAUAUUAAAGAGAUUAAUGAUAAUAUUAAUAUUAUACACCAUUAUUAUAAAAUUACCAAAAAAUUGGUAUCUACAAUGGCGACAUUAAAUGAACACACAAUUAGAGCUACUUUACCUCAAUCAUAAAAAAAUAAAUUAAAAAAUAAAAAUAUAUAAUUCACCUAAAUAAACCAAUUUUCCAUAACAUUCCAUUUCGGAAUACCCUGUAAGUAAUCUAGUAGCCGCGAGCUAUCGUAGACACUGACACCUAUUUCUUCCACGCCGCGCCGUCGCCGUCAGAGGUCGUAAUAGAAUAGCGCCCACGUAAGGGUGAUUAAAAUUUUGUUUUCUAGAUGUAUAAUUUCUUGAAAAUUUCAAUUAUUUGCUUUAAUUUUUACAUAUAUUUUUUUUUUAUUACGGCUAACUAGCUCCAGCCGUGUGUUCAUUUAACGUCGCCAUUUUAGCGUGGCAUUUGUUGCAAUUACUGAAAACAUUUAUGGAAUUUGUUACUUACAAUUCACAAUGCUAUUCAUAAAUCCUGACCCGUUGUUGGCCACUUUACUCAAAAACAAGUGGUUUACAAUUUUUUUUUAUUUAGUGGUCUGAUCCCAUUUAUAAUUUAAACGAAGUUAUGUUAUUAAAUUACAAUAAUUGCUCUUAUUAGUGAUGUCUUUUUAUGCAUAAAAAAGCACAAUAAAAUUCAUUCGAGCAGAGAAAGGGCUCUAUAUACAGGGCUCUUAUACAAAAGUGUAAGUUAUGUUAGUAAUAUUAACUACGUACAACGAAUCGCAGCCGAUGCCACUUGCCUCCUCUUAUAAAAAAAAAGGCGUACACUAUCUGUAAUUAAACAAAUUAAUAACUAGAUGGAAAAAGGUUUAGCACACCUGCAGCCACACUCACAGACUAUGCUACUAAUAUUUGUGUUUGUGUCAAAUAGUUAAAAGAUACUUCGAUUAUGACAAUUAGUAGAAUUGUAAUAGUAUUUAUUGAAUCGGUUAUAUUAUACUAGCUGACCCGACAGACGUUGUUCUGUUCAUAAUUAAAAAAAAAUGCGGGUGGAAUUUCGUAAAAUCCGUUCUUAGCUGACCUCUACUCGGCGAAAGGAACAUACCUACCAAAUUUCAAGUCUCUACGGCUUAUGGUUCCAGAGAUCUCGUUAUGAGUGACUAUAUACGUGGAAAUCUCUUAAUAUAUAUAUGACAAUAUAUAACAAAUAUGUAAUUUGAUUUCAACGGAAUUGAAAUAAUCAAGGUUUGACGUUAGGUGUCAAUUAUAGCGAGACACAAUAGGAUAAAGAUUAAAUUUAGAUGUAGGUAGAUUAUGAGAGUGUCUAUAGUAAUAAUGCUUAACUAUCGCAUUGAGACAUCUGAUAGCUUCAGUAUCAGAUUAAUUUCAUGCAUAAUUAUUGAAUUAUUCAUAAAUAUACUAUUUCUUAUUAUUUAUACCAAAAAUUUGCCACACCGAGUAUACAUAGAUUUAAAGUGUACUAGUGUAUUGGGUAACAAGGUGUGCAAGAGAGAACACUAACUCUAACGGAGAUACCGUAAGGUAGAAAAGGAAAGCGAAUUUAUUAAUAGUAGGUACGUUGUAACGGAUUUUGAUUCACAAGCCACGAUUGUAAUUUGGGCCUUAGCAUUUUGAAUAACUAAUCUAAUGCACACAUUGACAAAUCAUCUGUCAUGUUAUCUUUACGCUAAUAUAUUUUAAGUCUAUGUUAAUAACAAACUUAAAGGUGAAAAAAGGUGAAGAACUCUUGGAGUACCAAUUUCGAUCCAAAGGUAGGGCUGCCAUCUCUGAAAACUGGCAAUCAGAACAAGAAGCGAGAAAACCCCGGAUUUAGGAGCUCAAAAUCCGGACUUGUCAACUGUAUUUUUUUUUAACUUCCCGCAAGAAUUUUUUUAUAAAUCCGAGAAGUUAUUGGUUUUACCCCGUUUUUCGAAAAUCGAGUUUUCAUCAGAUCUUGUCUUUUUAAGGACCUAGGAAGCUUCCCUGACUAUUCCCGCGAUGGUGUCAAAUUCAAAUUCAAAAACACUUUAUUCAUGUAGGUCACAGAAAUGACACUUAUGAAUGUCAAAAAAAAAUAUAUAAAAAUAUUGUUUCUUAUUGAAUUUACCGCUACUUCGUAAAGGGUUGAGCUAAUGAGAAGAAGUAGCAAGAAAGUCAUUGCCACUCUUUUAAGUCAAGAUUUACAUUUUAGUUGUUUUACAAAUCAUUUCAAUUACAAUAUAUGCAAAGUGACGCAACAAAAUACUCAAAUGUCAAAAACUGAAAGGCUUACAUGAGUAAGUCAAAAAAAGAAAAUUAAUACUUAUAAACACAAGAGUUAUUGAGUAUAGUUGAUGCAUCAAUCCACACCUGUCCAUACGUCUGUUUUAUGUGUGUGUGUAUACAUACACACACACAUACAUACAUACAUACAUGUGUGUAUGUAUGGAUGUAUGUGAACCUCAUAACUUUUGAAUGGCUCGACUUGAACUCGAUUUCAUCGCAGUUGGUGCCGUUCGGAAGGGCUUGACCAAACUUAGAUUUUGAAUACAAUUUGAACCGGUAGAUUUAAAGAAAUCUCAAACAAAUUACGCUCCCCGGACGCCUUCAAAACUAGGACAAAUCCGGGGAAACCCGCACGGAUGGCAACCCUAUCCAAAGGACAUGAUAAGUUAAAUCACACAGUUAUAGUUAAUUCUAUAGUAAGGAUAAAAUUUAAUGUGUCUACCCAAUAUUAAUUUAAGAUCACAAUAAUCACAGAUAUGUAUAAAAAACUAUAUUGUACAUAUAUGAUCCUGUCAAUAUUAUGUCAUCUGCAUAUAUUUAAAUCACAGAACAGUUUAAAGAGGUCUCUUUUGCCUGUUAUAUGAUUUAAAGUUUAGACGUUUCCUUUCACUUGAUCCCAUGUUUUAUUUUUAAUGUAAUGUACCCCUCGGUCUUAUUUUUUCCAUGUAAGUAUUUUUCAAACUUACCAAACGAAUAGUGUAUACUACAAUACUUCUAGUAUUAUUAAUUGAAUUAUUGUAGGUCUUAGGUAGUCUACGUAUACCUACUUCAACCACUUGAAAUACGCCAGCUUACUGCAAUUAGAAGAUUCAUGAAAAGAAUCAUUCUUGGCUGUGAGCUUUGUAGCUAUCACAUUGGUCGUAGUACAACAGGGUUACCCUGAAAUAUAUUAAAAUCGCUGUACCAAUCAUAACGGCAUGGUCCCUCGACUCAUUGGAAACAUGAAGACCGGAAACUUAAGUACUGGCCCCAUAUACAUGAUGUUAACAUUCUCUCCAUUUCAUUUCCUUCGAAAAUUUGUUAAUCAACAAAGUACUCAAAAGAGUGACAGUGAUGUUACAAUAUACAUUCUCUUUGUUGCGUUACAGCAACAUGAUUCUGUAUAAAAUAUUGAAAGUUUAAUAACAAAGUCAACAACCAACCAACUAUAAUAAAAUCUCAGUGUUUUUAAUUAUUUAUAAACUUAGAAUAUAAUCGCGAAGUUCCUGUUCUGACAAUAUUAUGUAGUUUGUGAUCUUGUCUGUAUGUACUUAGUAAAGUAGUAAUAAAGAAGAUGAAUGUUAUAAA